CGGUGCCGGCGGUUCCUCAGUGCGCCUGCGCCGCUGCAUCCCCGGGCCCGGCCUCGGCCGCGAUCCGGCCCGGCAUCCCCCGCGCGCCUGCUGCCCCGCUGGCCGCGCGGCCCGCUCUCGCCGCCAUGGCCUUCACCUUCGCCGCCUUCUGCUACAUGCUGGCGCUGCUGCUCACCGCCGCCCUCAUCUUCUUCGCCAUCUGGCAUAUUAUAGCAUUUGAUGAGCUGAAGACUGAUUACAAGAAUCCCAUAGACCAAUGUAAUACACUCAAUCCUCUUGUACUUCCAGAGUACCUCAUCCAUGCAUUCUUCUGUGUUAUGUUUCUCUGUGCAGCAGAGUGGCUUACACUGGGUCUCAAUAUGCCUUUGUUGGCUUACCAUAUUUGGAGGUAUAUGAGCAGACCUGUGAUGAGUGGACCUGGUCUUUAUGAUCCUACAACCAUCAUGAAUGCAGAUAUUUUAGCAUAUUGUCAGAAGGAAGGAUGGUGCAAACUAGCAUUUUACCUCCUAUCAUUUUUUUACUACCUAUAUGGCAUGAUUUAUGUUUUGGUGAGCUCUUAAGAAGACACUCUGCAAACCUGGUUCCAGUUAAAUGCAUGCAAAAGCCACAAAACAAAAGGAUUCUUUCCAACAAGAAUCUGUUGCCAAGAUUAAACUAUGGAAUCUGAUGAUCACAGUUGCAUUCGGAAAAAAAACAAACAACUCCCCUAUUUUUAAAACGUUUCCACACUUUAUACUUGUGGAAAGACUGUUUUCGUAUAUUUUGCUGGGACGUUGAAAUUAAAAAGAAUUAAGUGUAAAUUGAUAUUAAAUGAUUCUCUGGUUUUGAACAGUUUUGACUUUGCGCUCCCUAAGGAACAGCCAUAGCUCUUCAAGUAGUUCUUAAUUACUGACUGUCCUUAGUAUCCUAGAAUUUUUUGUUUACAGGACGUUAUAGUGGCUCACUUUGGACUUUUGAAACUCCAUUUAACUAUAAAUCAGCUGUAGCUAUAAAGUGCUUCUGAAGGACUGAAAGCUUUAUGUAUUUUCUCUGCAGAUAUCUUCACGGAUACAUGUGUAGAAAGAGUAGUUCUGUUUUUUAUAUUUGGGUAUCUUUCCCUGUGUAUGCAUGGUUCUGAAACUUCCCGUAUUUCCACCAAACACUAAAUAUCCUUGCUUUAAUUUUCAAGCAUAAGUUAUUGUGAUAGGAAACAUUGAGUUGUCUGUGAAGGAAUGAAUUUAAAAGAUUUUAUUUUUAAAUGUUUGUGUAACAGUCUUAUUAACCAAUUGGCUAAUAAUGCAAGAUCAAAUCCAAUGGUAAAAAUCCUACUCCAAUUGGUUCACAGGUCACACUAAAGACAUUUCCAAGACCCAGUGAGAUUGAGAAACUGCCCUGCUGUUCCUUAGUGGAAUAAAUAAAAAUCUCAAAUUCAGAAAUGUUCAAUUUUUUCCAGUGCUUUGUUUUUAAAAAAAAGUAAGUUUACUUGCUGUACUUAACUGCUUAAUUAAUAAUACAGUAGCAUUACUAUUAAAAUUCAUAUUGAGGUGGGCUAUAUCUGGGAGAGAGAUACUUACACAGCACUGUUAGACACUAACAAGGUUUCUGCUCUUGUUUCCUGUACUUUCAGUUGGUCCCUAUGUUAAUAGUUUUUAGAGGGGGGAGGGGAGUGGAAAUAGAUGUGCAUUGAUAGAACUGCAUUGUAAUUCCUCUUGCUAUGAGCUACUGGUUGGUUUAGCUUCAGAAGUUUAGAAAUCUUUCCCACUUAAACUAGUUCAAAGAAUGGUAAAAUGUUUGCCUUGAGGAAGGUGUGUGGUGGUGCAGAUUGUGUCUCUGGUUUUAGUAAAAUGUGUUUACAUAGAUUGGUAUUUGACUUUUCUGAUAUGGACCAGAUUUUUGGAUUCAAUGCAGCCACUUCAUGAUGCAGCUUGGCCUUCAGUUCUGGAAUAAAGGAAUCUGAGCACUCUUAUAAAA